AUGGUCGCAGCCUGGUCGUGCCCUGGGGCAGAUGCGGACUGCCACGGGAGAAGCCUCGCGUCUGUGCCUACGGGAAUCCCCAGCACCACGCGAAUGCUGCGUUUGUACAACAAUCAGAUCACGAAGCUCGAGCCAGGGGUGCUUGACAGUCUAACGCAGCUCACUAAUAUGGAUCUUGGUAGCAAUCGGCUGCAGGCUCUUCCCGAGGGGGUGUUUGACCGCCUGGUGAAUCUGCAGUGGAUGGAUUUGGACGUCAAUCAGAUCACGAAGAUCGAGCCCAGGGUGUUUGAGAGUCUGGCGGCACUGACUUUGGUGGAUCUUAAUGGCAACCGGCUGCAGCAUCUUCCCGAGGAGGUGUUUGACCACCUGGUGAAUCUGCGGCAGCUUGGUUUGUGCUGUAAUAAGCUCACAGAGCUGCCCAGUAGCGCGUUUGCCAAACUCACCCGGCUGAAGCAUUUGGGUCUGGACGGAAAUCAACUGAAGAGCAUCCCCGCUGGGGUGUUUGACCGCCUGGGGAACCUGCAGUGGCUGAGUCUGCACACCAACCAGCUGAAGAGCAGCAUUCCCAAGGGCGCCUUUGACAACCUCAAGAGCCUCACUCACAUCUGGCUGUACAACAACCCCUGGGAAUGUGCCCUGCGUGGAGCUCUCAGCCUUCUCUCUCUCAGCCUCUGCCUCCACGUGAUGAUCAAUGAUAAGGUGGCCUACACGCUCACUUAUCUGAAUCUGCAAGACAACCAGCUGAAGAGCAUUCCCAAGGGACGUUUGCUGGGCGCGUGCAACUCUGGAGCUGGCUAG